UGGCAACUCAGCAGGGUUUUUUUUUUUUUUAACGGAAAAUGUAUACUGGUUAAGUACAAGCUCAUCCCCACCAUACGUGACUAGUACAUAUAGAGAUUACAGAAAAAACAAGCAUGCCCCGAAACAAUAAAUUACAUUUGGUGGCAUCAGUGUUACCGCCAUUUUGAAUCUUGAACCCACGACUAUGGACAUGCUGAAGAAAAGUAGAAGCUGGGACAGUAUAACAACUGUAUUGGCCCAUGAAGAUCCGACUCAAAAGAACACGUCAAGUAUUAGUAAAAACGCAAGAAAUAUGACUCUACAGGUGCCAGAAACUACGGAGAUCAUAACUUCCUGUGAGAAGAAAGAUGGCGAUAUGACCAAUUGUGGCAACUCCGAAGAUAGAACAUCUGAGACAGUCAGUCUUCUUUCAGGGCACGAAGAUGAUGUUGAUGAUGAUGAAACAUCUACUGGAGUCAAGUGGCCUCCGCACAAGAAGCACAAAAAAAUAAUCUUCUACCAGUGGACGGGGCUGUCCAAGAAGCCGAGCUUUUUCAAAAAAAUAUCAAAGGCCAGCAAAGAAGAGAAGGAGCCUCUGGUAAUAACCAACAAAAAGGCUAAAAUUCAUCAAAACAAGAUGGAAUCCUUUAGGCGUAGAAGCAGCAAAACAGCAGUCAAGGAGGUUGUUUCAUGCCCUGUAGUAGGCAAUUUAGCAAAUAUCGAGAAAGGUCCAGAAUGGGCAAAGGAGGCCUCUGCGAAGUCAUAUUUCAUGCAGCAGAUUGUAGAGCUAUCCGAACAGUUACCAAUGGAAGAGAUCAGUCCAUUGAAAAACAAAAGUGUGUAUUUGCAUUUGUUGCCGAAAGCUGACCAGCGACAGGCUGCUCAGGUCGAGAUAGAACUAGAAAAAGAAUAUAAGGCAUAUCUGCAACUUUGCCAGAAGAACCUUUUGGAACCAGAACAAAGUCAAGCAAGCAAUCGGGAAUAUUUGACUUAUGAAGAGGAAGAGAAGGUUGGCCUCCAAAACCCGUCAACCCAUCUCAACUCCAGUCAAGAGUUUGCAUCAUAUGCUUAUACAGUGCAAGACAUGGCUCCCUAUUCUUAUGAAAAAGACCCAUUACUGGCAACGAUUCCAUCCUCGGCAUCUAUAGGAACAUCUAACCAAAUAGGAGAAAUACCAAUAACAGGGUUAUUAGAUAGGAAGUGCUGCAAUUCCGAACCCUUCAUGAUAGAAAUCACUGCAUUGAAAACCAGACAGGAUCUCCUAGAACAAGAAUUCCUGCUACUGAAUAGUAGAUACCAUUCUGACAAUAAUAUUGUUAUGGAGUGUCUGCGACAACAACAUCUCAGAUGCAGUCAGCUGCUGGUAAAUAUAAGUGACCUCCAGGAGCAACAACAUGCAGAGAUAGGAAGCAUGAAGGAGAUGAUUCUCUACAUGAAGGAGAUGAUGGCAUACCAGUCCUGCGAGCAAGACAGGGACAUCUGGGAUAAGUUUGUAUUAUUCCAAAGUAAUCUUUCCAAAAUUGAGGCUGAACAGAAGAAGCGGAGCAAUGCAGCAUCAUUGAACAAAGCCAACAGCAUCCAACUAUUAUACAACAAAGUCAUAAACCUCCUGCCAACCACCAUGACCAACACCUGCCAAAAACUCUAUGAUAAAUUCAUGAUGAACUGCUUACCAGUCAUGGUGACCAUCCUACUGAUAUGCUUCUCUGCGGUCUCCAUACCGGACCACCCCUUGACUACAGCCCCCCUUUAUGUCAUACUGAUCCUAGUGGUGUCUUUUUAUGGGGACCUCCCUAACUGGAGCACAAUGUCAGUCACUCUUCGGAGGUCUUGGGUGGUUACUCAGGGGAAGCGUCUUUUAAACAGGCUGAGGCUGAAUGAAUAAGGUUUGAGGUCUGUUAUAGAAAAAGUCUAAGAACUCAUUUUGGGGGGCUAAAUAAGACCAGUAGAAAUACCUUUAUAAACAUAAGCCUGUUCUCCUCCUCAUACAUGUCUGUUAUUCCGCUAUGUUUAAGUUUAUUCUUUGUGUUGUAUUAAAGCCCACUAUUGUGCAG